CCCUCUCCUCCCUCUCCUGUCACAGUUUCUGAACUGGUUCAACCAGCUACAACCCCAGAUCCCUGACUCUCAGGUUCCCUGGCCUCCCCUCCCACCUCAGGCCUUAACCAGAGUGGGAGGGGAGCACCUGGAGAGGGGGGCGUUUUCCCCCACCCGAUCUCCCCGCCCCUCGUCAGUUCGAUGGAGUGGCCUGUACCCCAGAUGACCUGGGUGCGAUUCCUCCUCUGGUUCUUAGGUUCCUGGGCUGAGGCCUUUCUGAUCCACAAUCCUGGGCUGGAUGCAUGCCUGCAGGUGGACCCCCAGGGUGGGGAGCAGAUCUCACUGGUCACUUGCCACCCUGAUGCUGGACCCCAGCAAUGGGGCUGGGACCCAGUCAACCGAGCCCUUUUCAGCCUGCAUGUCCCUGGGUGCCUCGCCAUAGGUGAGGCCCAGGAAUUUGCUGUGGCCCAAUUGAGCCACUGUGGGGGCCAACUCCACCAGACCUGGGGUUGCUCCCGUAAGGGUCACUUGAGCUUGCAGGGCCUUGGUCUCCACCUCCACGGAAAGCUGAAUGCCCAGGAAAUCUUUGUUCUUCGUCGGAAGGACAAGUUCAGUCGUUGGAAGACAGUGCCUGGAAUGGCCAAUGUCUGCUCUGGUACCCCUGGGCCAAGGGGCACAGACAAGAGUCCUGAGAAGGAGCCAAUCAGACACAGAGCUGAAACCACUGUUCCUCUGGAGCGAAAUGAGGAGGACCUGUCUUUGUGGGACUCUGUACAAACAGCAAAUGUCACUCCCACCAGCAACCUCACCCACACACCUUCCCCAACAUGGGUGGAAGGAGCCCUGGUGGCAGAAACAGGGGCAAACUGGAAGAUAGCUAUGAUGGUCCUGAGCCCACUGGCUGUUGUCCUGGGAGUCACCAUCCUCAUCAUCAAUAUCUGUUAUAACAGGAAGAAGAAAAAGAAGGCUCUGUCAGCCCUAGAGAACUAUUCCCAGAAUGGUCCAAGGGCCACAUUACUACCUAGGGGGGAGCUAUCCCUAGGCCAGGGAGGCCCAGGAGCUCCCAAUUUACCUGUCUCCCUUUCCUCAUCCCUACAGCAUGGGGAGAUACUCAUUGAGUGGAAAGAUGGCAGCAUUACCCCGCUCUUUGCCAGCCCUGGUAAUCUGAAUUAGACCAAUCUGCAUCUUUUAAGGGCCUGCUCUGUGCCCAGUCCUGAUCCUGCCAUGAGGGACAGAGAAGGCACAGGCCCUUGAGCUUAUCAGAUCUGUGCUUUCACCUCAGACCUAUGUCCUCCUCCUGGGAGACAGAGAAAUCACAGACUCUAGAAUUUAUUAGCCCUGGUCUUCAUCUUAGACCUGUGUUCACCCUCUGGAAAUUUCUUUGUAUAUAUUUUUUGUAAUUAAUUUUUUUAUGUACAUAUAAUUUUUUCCAAAAGAAUAUAAGCUCUUUGGAGGCAGAGACUCUUUCAUUUGUUAAAAUAUUCUUAUUUUUAUUGAAACCUUGUUUGUACUUUAUUUCCAAAUAUAUUUCUCCCCGUUUUCCUGCCUAGAAAGCCAUUCCUUAUAAGAUUUUAAGGAGGGAGAAAAAAAAAAAGCAGUUCAGCAAAACUAGCCAACACAUCUAUUAUAACUACGAGUAGAUACAAUAUUCUACAUUACAAUCCUUCUACCUCAGGGCAAGCCUUGUUUCAAUUGUUUUUUAAUCUUCAUGUCCUCAGCUUUUAAAAUGAUACCUGCCAUAUCAGCUGUUUAGCUUAAUAAAUUGUAGUUGAAAUGGAUUAUAAUUCA